AUGUUGAAUUAUUUAACUUUUGAAUUACAGAACAUAUCUAAAUCAACAGAUAAUUCGUUGUGUUUAUUGAAUUUUAAUAGUUAUUCAAGAAAAUUAGAACAAAGAAAUCAAAAAAUUAGUUCUAAAAAAGAUAAGAAGCUGAAAGUCUUAUAUGAAGAAUUAAAACUAAUUUUUCAUGAAGAAAAGGAAAUUGAAAAUAAAAUAUUUCAAGAAAUGAAGGAUCAAUGGGCUGAUUUAUGUUCUUCACUUGAAAUAGAUGAAAGUGAAGGUGAAGAAAAAAUAAAAUGGUUAAAUACCAGAUGGGAUAAUUAUUGCAUGAGAUUGCGUUAUGAAUUACACAUAAAAGAGCACUUUCUUUAUGUGAAAUUCAAAAAAUUCAUGAAAAAAGACCGUAGUAAUGAUGAUAUAAAGCUUUUUUUUGAUAAAAGAAAGGAAUUAUGGGAACAAAAUAGAAAAAAAAAAAUAAAACAAUGGAAUAAAUUUUUGUUUGAUACUAAAAAAAGUUUUAAUAAAAGAUUUGUACAAACAUGA